AAACCCAUGUCCCUUUCAGUGUGGUAUCUGACACCAGUCGGUGAACGUACAAGCAUACGUUCACUUCACUUCAGUUCUUUUUUUAACUCAACUUUUUUUUUAAUUAUUCGUUUACGAGUGACGAAGGGCGAGGGAAGGCUGGUCUGUGAAGAAUCUGAUCAAGGAAAAGAAACCCUGAGCAUAGAAAACAGAAAAAAAAACUAAAACAAAAAGGGAAACAAACAUGAAGACGUGGUUUCUCCUGCUGGUGAGUCUGACCUCCUUUGGCGACCGGGGAGAUUUUCGAGUCGCAGGUCAGAAUGAAGUAAAAAAGGCAUCCGGCGAGAUGACUGAGCUCGGAAAAGCGUUUCGAAAAUGUCUCGACGAAAGUUCGAACUCGCCGGAAAAGUGGACUCUGGCGCAGUGCCUCAAGGAGCAAGGGCUGGCCGAGGGAGGCAGGGCCCGAGGGAGGUCCUUGAGAGGGAAGGGCUCGGGUCCCUCGCCUAAGAGGAGUCGAAAGUGGAGGGGUCUGAGACUGAAGAGGAAAGUAGCCAAGUGGAAACACCAAGUUGCAACUGAGCUGUAAGAAGUUUUCUCUCUUGAAGUGCAAAAAGGAGCACUUUUUGGUCUCUGACGAAAACUCUGCGGACGAGUAUUGCGGGAAAGACGGACCUGCUCAGAGAACGGCAAUGGAGUUCGUGUAUCUUUUGCACGAGAAAAUUCGAGGCAACAACGCUCAGUCCCGACUUAGAUGCUCCGUCACAGGUGUUAGUGCAAGCGGCAGUGACGGUGGCGGUGGUGACGACAGUAACAGCGGUGACGGUACCCAGUUACCGGGAUGUAAAAAUGUGUGCGGCGUUGCCCCAGACGACGCAGGACCAACCAGAAUCGUGGGCGGUGAGGAGGCGACGAAGGGCGAGUACCCAUGGAUGGUCCUGUUGGAUAUCUCAACGAAUAUCGGCAAUUUGUUCUGUGGGGGAGCUAUUGUCACGACUACCCAUGUCGUCACGGCGAGUCACUGCGUCGAUUACAGGAACGUGAAGGUAAAAGUCACGGCCGGAGAACACGAUAUCGAUUCUGCCAAAGAAACGGAGACGCAGGUCAUUGAUGCUAAAAGAAUCACUAAGCAUCCGAAAUAUGACUCCUCUCCACAGGAAAACGACAUCGCUCUAAUAACACUUAAAAAGGCCCUGGUAUGGAAAAGCAACGUGGGACCCAUCUGCCUCCCUCCCAGUGCUAACUUCGAAGAUCGCACAGCCGUCGUCACAGGGUGGGGGUCCCUGCAAUACCAGGGGUCAUUUCCGUCGAAAUUGAAUGAAGUUGGCGUCACAGUCACAAAGCAGAAGACGUGUGAGAAGGCUUAUGAAUCCAGUAGCUUCCCUGUCACUAAGAAACACAUCUGUGCAGCGGAUGCUGGGAAGGACUCUUGCCAAGGCGACUCUGGAGGGCCACUUUUCAUCAAAGAAAAUGACAAGUGGGUUUUGUCUUCGUACAAUAGUUGGAUACUUAACAAAGUCUCAUCCGGAUCCUGUUGAUCCAGACUACUCUUCAGGGCCUCUCCAACGUUAUCUGAUUUGCCCUUGUGUUCUUCAGUGAGUAGAAACUGUACCUCCCUAAAAAUAAAAAGAGUACACUGAA